UGGUGUCUAGUCCCUCUCCGUCAGUCCUUCUUGCUCGGGUUUUCAACAUGGCGUCGGGAUUGAUUUUAAGAUGUGGUUCAAAAAGAGCCUCUUUCUUAACUCGUCUGCUGUCUAACUCACACCAGGGAAAAGCCGGUUUUCUUUCCAGUAAAAGACAUCAAAGCUCUCAUGCUCUUUCUUACGAACAGUCUUUGUACAAUGUCCCAGAAACCAAGGUGACCACUUUAUCAAAUGGUUUGAAGGUUGCUACAGAAGAUUCAGGAAUUUCUACAGCAACGGUUGGUCUGUGGAUAGAUGCUGGAAGUAGAUUUGAGAAUGAGAAGAACAAUGGAGUUGCUCAUUUCCUAGAACAUAUGGCAUUCAAGGGUACCCAGAAGCGCACUCAAAUAGACCUUGAACUUGAAGUAGAAAACAUGGGUGCUCACCUGAAUGCUUACACAUCAAGAGAACAGACUGUGUAUUAUGCCAAAGUUUUUAGUAAAGACAUCUCUAAAGCUGUGGAUAUUCUGGCUGAUAUUACCCAGAAUUCAAAGUUUGGGGAAGCUGAGAUUGAAAGGGAAAGAGGAGUUAUACUACGUGAAAUGCAGGAGGUAGAUACACAAUUGGAGGAAGUGGUGUUUGAUCAUUUACAUGCUACAGCUUUCCAAGGAACACCAUUAGGAAGAACUAUAUUAGGACCUUCACAAAAUGUCAAGAGUAUAACACGUGAUGACUUACUGGAGUAUAUCAACAAGCAUUACAGUGCUCCAAGAAUUGUUCUGGCUGCUGCUGGCGGUGUUGAUCACGAUGAGCUUGUUAAGCUUGCUGAAACUCACUUCAGUGGCUUGCGGUCCACAUAUGAAGAACAAGACAAGGUUGAGCCUUGCAGGUUCAGUGGAAGUGAGAUACGUGUACGUGAUGAUGACAUGCCUCUUGCACAUGUAGCUAUGGCAGUAGAGGGUUGUGGAUGGACCCACCCAGACUACUUCUCUCUUAUGGUCACUAACAUGUUGGUAGGAAGCUGGGACAGGUCAUUCAGUGCAGGACGAAAUGUUGGUAGCAAAUUAGCUCAACAAGUUUCACAGCAUAAUCUUGCACAUAAUUUCAUGUCCUUCAACACUUGCUAUACUGACACUGGUCUCUGGGGUAUCUACUUUGUGUCUGAUAAGAUGUCUAUUGACAAUAUGAUUUACUGCAUACAGAAGGAAUGGAUGAGAAUAUGCACAAGUGUUACAGAACAUGAAGUUGCCAGAGCGAAAAACCUAUUGAAGACCAGUAUUCUGAUGCAACUAGAUGGUUCUACACCAAUCUGUGAAGAUAUUGGAAGACAAAUGUUAACAUAUGGUCGACGUAUUCCUUUGCCUGAACUUGACAUGAGAAUUGAGAUGAUUGAUGCCAAGACUGUGAAAGAGGUUGCUACAAAGUACAUAUAUGAUCGCUGUCCAGCAGUUGUUGGUGUUGGACCUGUUGAACAGUUACCUGACUACAACCGUGUACGAGGAGGCAUGUACUGGUUGAGACUCUAAUCACAUGCCAAUUGAGCAUUAAUUAACCACUGAGUUUUAGAAUUGGAAGGUCACUUUGCCUUCUGCUGUGAAAAGGGUUUGAUUUCAUGUACUUUUAUGUUACUGAAAGAAAUCUUGGUCAACCUUGUAAAGAUAUUCAGACAUUUUAUUAAAGCGUAAUUGAAUAAAGCAUUAA